AUGGAAUCUUGUACUAUGUUGGGCUCUUGCAAUUGUUCUCAAUGCAUUGAUUGGAAUGCUCCAUUGUGCCAACUUUGUUUUUCUAACAGAUGUGAAAUAAAAUCUUUCCCAGAUUAUGAAACAUAUUGUGCUUCUUGUGUUCCACGAGAUAAGGAAACCAUUGUCUUUAUCAUCGGUGAUAUGAAAAAAAAGAUCAUAACAAGGAGAGAUAUAAUCAAAACCCAAACGAAUUCCCUCUUCGCAUUACUACUAAACGAUGGUAAUAUCAAACGAGAUGAUGACCAUGUCUUUGAGGUUCCGCUUAAUCUGAAGUUUCUGAAUGAAAUUGAACGUGCACUUCAAGGCCAUGAAGUGAUUACUGAAUAUGAAAAUGAAGAUCUUAAAAAUGAGUUGUAUUUCUUUACCGGUUGGGAAAAUAUCGAACUACUUUUUGAAUCGGAAGAUUUAUGUUCGUGUGGUAACAGGAGAUACAAAAAGAAUUCAAAGUGCAAAGAGUGUCAUGAAAAUUUAUUGAAGGAACAUGCACCGAUAUGCAGAUUGUGUAGAGAGGAAAAAGUUGGUUGGGAUAAAGGAAGGAAGCGUUAUUUUAAUUUAUGCAGAAAUUGUGGUCGUGAACAGAUAUCAUGCAACAUGUGUAAAUCUGGUAAGAAGUACUGGGAUCAUAGUAAAAGAGCAUAUCUUGAUAAGUGUAAAAUGUGUAUUGAUUUCAUAGAAAGGAAUAAUUCUAAACUAGAUUUGGAAAUUACUUGUGAAAAAUGUAGUAACAAAUGGGGACAAAUAGUAAAACAUGUGAAAGAUAGACACUGUUAG